AUGGAAGGGCUUCGUUGCCAACUUUGCCUCUUCCAUCCGCAGCACUGCGAACCGGAGCAUCCUUUCCGAUUGGCCAACUCUGCUGCCUUCUUCUGCACCUUGCUCUCCUCCGUGGUCAACCAGAUGAUCAUUGGACCGGGCAAGAGAGCGAAGACAGAUUCUGAACCUGGCGAGUGGCUUUUGAGGACGGGCAUUGUCUGCGUAUCCAUUUUGCCGUUCACCACUGGCGUUUACUGGGCCACGAGUGCCCUUCUCUGGACCCCUGUGCUCGCGCGGAUACUCUUCUUCUUGCCCUGCGUGAUAGGCUGGUUCUGUAUCAUUGCAAGCAUACUGUCUUGCCUCGUGGCCUGCUGUUCCGAAAUGUGA